UUAUGAUAAAAAACAAAUCUUGAAAAACAAAGAACUCCCUUUGGAGCAAAAAACACGAAAUACAUAUAUUAUACACACACACACACACACACAAAACAAAAGAAUUUCAGUCUUUCGUUCUCUCUUUAAGCCCUUCUUUCUCUCUCUAUCUAUCAAUUUCUAUAAUAUCACCUCCAAUCCUGUCUCUAUUCAUUUAUUUAAUCCCUUUUUUUUUUCUUUUUUUUUUUUUACUUUGUCUUUAUUGUUUAAUCUUAAGAUAAAAACUUAUACAAAUUUUUCUUCCUUUUAUCCUCUCUUGAAAUCUUCUACUUAUAAUAUUGAUCUCUUAUUUGGUUCUGUAUUUCUUUAUCAAGAACAAAUAUUGAAUCCCUUAUUGACAGUGAAUCUGGGUGGUUCAUGGAUCAAAAUCAUAUAAUAAGGUUUUGUGGUUUUUGACUUGUAGUGGUGAGAGUGAAUGAGAGAUAUGGGAUUAAAAUCUGUUGGUGGGCUUUUCAAGUUCUUAGCUAAACUCAAAUUGGGUUGUAAAACUCAAUUUUCUAAUUGCUGAUCAUUGAUAUUUUGGUGAUGCAAAGGGUAAAUUUAUAGUUGAUGAAGCAAUUGUGGCUAGGUGUUUGAUUAUUGGGGUCUAUUUUCUUUAUUUUGGAUUUUCUUUUGGGGUCAAUGGAUGAAGUUGGGGCUAAUGAAGCACAAGAAUUGGAGGCAUCUUCUUCUUCUUCUUCAGUUAGGUGGCGGCCGAAGCAGCUAGCUUUCGAGUCUUAUAUGCCAGGGAAUGGAGCUGAUCGUAAUAAGAAGGAAGCUUUGCGUGUUCUUGUCAGAAAACCUUUGGUGGCAAGACUAACCAAAGAAAUAGUUGAGACAUAUCAAAUAUGCAAUCCACAGUUCAAGUAUUCUGAAGAAUUAAAUCCUAAAAGAUAUUUGACCAGCCCAUCGAUUGGAGUCUUGAAUGAUGGAUAUGACAAUGUGAAUUCUGAUCUCAUUCUGACUGUAAACUUUCCCUUGGUCAAUCUAGAGACACAAAGAAGAUACAUUGUAAAAGAUGUUCUUGGCCAUGGAACAUUUGGGCAGGUUGCUAAAUGCUGGGUUGCAGAAACAAAUAGUUUUGUUGCUGUAAAGAUAAUUAAAAAUCAACCAGCUUACUAUCAGCAAGCCUUGGUUGAAGUAUCUAUUUUGACCACGUUAAACAAGAAGUAUGAUCCUGAAGAUAAGCAUCACAUUGUCCGAAUAUAUGAUUAUUUCGUAUUUCAGAGGCAUUUGUGCAUUUGCUUUGAACUGCUCUACACAAAUCUGUACGAGCUUAUCAAGCUAAAUCAGUUCAGGGGUUUAUCAUUGAGCAUUGUCCAAUUGUUCUCUAAGCAGAUUUUACAUGGAUUGGCUCUGUUAAAAGAUGCUGGGAUUAUUCAUUGUGAUUUGAAGCCGGAAAACAUUCUGCUAUGCACAAGUGUGAAGCCAGCAGAAAUUAAAAUAAUUGACUUUGGAUCAGCAUGCAUGGAGGAUCGUACUGUUUACUCCUAUAUCCAGAGUCGUUAUUACAGAUCUCCUGAAGUCCUCCUUGGAUACCAAUAUACUACAUCCAUUGACAUGUGGUCUUUUGGGUGCAUAGUCGCAGAACUGUUUCUAGGAUUGCCACUCUUCCCUGGAGCUUCAGAAUUUGAUCUUUUGAGGAGAAUGAUCGAAAUACUUGGUGGACAACCCCCUGAUUAUCUACUAAAGGAAGCAAAAAAUACGAGCAAAUUCUUCAAGUGCAUUGGAAGUGUCCACAAUGUAGAUCAUGGUGAUAUGUCAUUGGGAAGCAAAAGUGCUUACCAAGCAUUAACAGUGGAUGAAUAUGAAGUUAGGGAGUUGAAGAAGCCAUCUAUCGGAAAGGAGUAUUUCCAUCAUAAGAACCUUGAGGCAAUUGUUACAAAUUAUCCUUACAGAAAGAAUUUGCCACAGGAAGACAUUAUGAAAGAAAGUCAAAUACGAUUAGCAUUGAUUGAUUUCUUGAGAGGGCUUGUGGAGUUUGAUCCUGCAAAAAGGUGGUCCCCUUUUCAGGCUUCAAGACACCCUUUUGUAACUGGGGAACCUUUCACCUGUCCUUACAAGCCUCCUCCAGAGAGUCCUCGCAUGCCUGUUGCACAAAAUUUUAAGGUGGACCAUCACCCAGGUGGUGGGCAUUGGUUUGCUGCGGGUCUUUCUCCUAAUGUGAGCUUCUUGCCCCUUAAAAUUCCAGGCAGGACCAGAGCAUCCCUUCAUAAUAGCCCUCACUUUCAAGUGGUUCCAUAUGCACAUGGUAAUAGCUAUGGCAGUAUAGGAAGCCAUGGCAGCUACAAUGAUGGUAUUGGCCUUGGAAGCAGUUAUGGAAGUUAUGGAGAUGGCAGCAAUAUGUUUGCAUAUUAUUCACCAGUUGGCCCAUCUGGGAUGAACAUGCACCCACAGGCUGGUCUAUCAAUGCUUGGAAGUAGUCCAGAUGCAAGACGGAGGUUUAUUCCAUACUCACAUCCAAAUGGAAUUGGUAUGAGUCCGUCAACAGGAAAUUUUGCACCACUCCCUCUUGGCACCAGUCCCUCACAAUUUACUCCACCAAAUUCCUACAGUCAAGUGUCAGCUGGUUCUCCUGGGCACUAUGGUCCAACUUCACCAGCAAGAAACAAUUGUCAUGGAUCACCUUUAGGAAAAAUGGCUGCAGUUACCCAAUUCAAUAGAAGAAAAAGUUGGGGGUAUUCUGGAAGUUCCCAGAAUCAAGAGAGUCCACAAUCUUCACAUUGGCAAGGACAGUUUGCUGAUGGAACCAGUUCAAGCCAGCCUGAGGGAAAUCCUCCAAUACUUGGAAGUUCACCCUCACAUCGGCAGUCAAAUUCCAGUACUGCAAGCUGGAUGCAGCAGCAUGGAGGUGGUGGAAUUACUGCCGGUCACUCUGCCAUUCAGAAUAUGCCAGGCUCUUUCAAGCCUUCUAGCAUGCAAUUUCCUCAAAAUGCAGGACCGGCUUUUGAUAAGCCCGAGGCUAGCCUGUCAUUGCCUGAUCCAGGAGAUUGGGAUCCUAAUUACAGUGAUGAACUUCUUCUACAAGAGGAUGGUUCAGAUGUUAGCUCCAUAAACACUGAGUUCAAUAAAGGCAUGCAUCUUGGUUCAGGCGAUCCAUCAGUUACUUUCGGAAGAUCAAACCGUGCGUCAAACCAGAGCUCCAGUUCAUUAGUUCAAAGACAAAAUGGACCUGUACAAUUUGCGCACCCAGAGGCUGGCAGCCCUCCUUCAGCUCAUGACUUGCAUGCUGGAUAUGGCCGUUCGAUGUCAAAGCCUUCACAUUUCAUGCCACAUAUCUCACAGAACUCACCAAGCCGUUUAGGACAGCAAUCCCUUCCACGCUGCAAUCAUGGGAGGCCUGCUGUUCGGGGUAGUGAAUGGAAUCAUAUUAAGGUCCAGCCCCCCCAACCCAACUUUAGUUCUGGGGGCCCACAUUCUCCAGGAAACAGUUCAAUUAAUAAUGGCAUGCCAUGGGGGCGUAGGGCCAACUAUCCUGUCACAAGCAUUCCACCGGCAUCCCGAGGCAGAAAAGACUACGGAAGGAUUGCCUAGUUUUGGAAUCAGCUUAUUUUUUUUUUAACUCUUGAGGGGUUAUGUUUUGAGUGUUGGAAAGAAAGUUGUACUCAUUAGUUCACAAGCCUAGUGGGCUCAUGCUAAGAAAAUCCUCACCCAGACAUGUUCAUUCAUUGUGCUUGCAUAAAUAUAAUUCAUGGUUGUGGUUUCUUC